CUCCCUGUGUGGGCGGGAAGGAUUGUGCAAUCAAAGUGAAGAUUCGGGAGAGGGAGCAGAGACAAAGUAGAAAAGCCCUUCAGCACCACUCGCCUCCGGACAGCGUCUGAAACGGUGGAGUGGAUGGGGAAAAGAUUUGCGGGAGAUUUGCCGGAAGGCUGCAAACUGGAACUGGAAGUUCAAAUGUGCACUUGUUGUCCGCACACGUCCUCGUCCAUUCGUGUCUAGUUUGCGCCGACAAACUAAAGAAGCGAGAGGGGCAAACCACCAAAUCACUGGACGGCCACAACGCACUUUCUGUGCAGCCCACCGGGCCCUCUUGUGAAUUUCUGCCCACCUGAAGGACGGUGAGAAGGCCAGAAGCUCCAAAGUGAUUUUCCACAAGCACAGAAGAAAGGCGAACUUAUUCUGCUUUGUUUUUGCUCAAGCCGUCUAAGAAUGCUCUUUGCAGUUUCAGUCUCAGCUCUUACUUCACCGUUGAGGUUGUACACGUAGCAACUGCAUUUAACUGCAGAAACAUUGAAAGAGUGAAGAAGAGUAAGACCCAACAAAACUGAACCGGGAUAAUUAGUGAAGUUUUGUCCCACUUGGAAAGCAUGAGAAGAGACGCUUGAAGAUGACUGUGGUCUCAAAAAAUUGUGACUAGCCUUUUGCAUGUGUGGUCACCUCUUUUAUGGUAAAAGGACUACAAUUGGAUGCCGAUUUAGCCCUUCAAAAUGAGCCAGCAAGGCGCCUUUGGCUGGUGCUGCUGGCUGUCGCUUCUUGCUUGUUGUGUCUUAAUCUCUCGGGCGGCCAAACCCAGAAUGCCUGGCCACACACACCUCAACUCAAUACGCAUUGAUGGGGACAUAUCUCUGGGUGGGCUUUUUCCAGUCCACGCAAGAGGAAAUGAUGGCAAAGCCUGUGGUGAGCUCAAGAAGGAGAAGGGGAUCCACAGGUUGGAGGCCAUGCUGUUCGCUCUGGACCGCAUCAAUAAUGACAAUGAGCUGCUGCCAAACAUUACUCUGGGCGCUCGUAUCUUGGACACCUGCUCCCGUGACACUCAUGCUCUGGAGCAGUCGCUGACAUUUGUGCAGGCGCUGAUUGAGAAGGACUCAACCGAUGUCAAGUGUCUCAGCGGAGGGCCACCCAUCAUCACGAAACCGGAGCGAGUGGUCGGAGUGAUCGGCGCAUCUGCUAGCUCGGUGUCAAUCAUGGUGGCCAAUAUACUGCGUCUCUUUAAGAUCCCCCAGGUGAGUUACGCCUCCACAGCUCCAGAGCUGAGUGACAACACGCGUUACGACUUCUUCUCUCGGGUGGUGCCGCCUGACACCUAUCAGGCUCAGGCCAUGGUGGACAUCGUCAAAGCCAUGAGCUGGAACUAUGUCUCCACUGUGGCCUCCGAGGGAAACUACGGAGAAAGUGGUGUGGAUGCGUUCAUUCAAAAGUCUCGAGAGGACGGUGGCCUCUGCAUUUCCCAAUCCGUGAAAAUCCCACGUGAACCAAAAGCCGGGGAGUUUGACAAGAUCAUUCAUAGGUUGAGUGAGAACCCAAACGCCCGGGUAGUCAUUAUAUUUGCCAAUGAGGAUGACAUCAGGCGGCUGCUCCAAGCAGCAAAGAAGGCCAAUCAAACAGGCCAUUUUAUCUGGGUCGGUUCAGACAGCUGGGGGUCCAAAAUCUCCCCGAUACUGAACCAGGAAGAGAUGGCUGAAGGAGCUGUAACCAUCCUGCCGAAACGACAAUCCAUCAAAGGCUUCGACCGCUACUUCAUCAGCCGAACACUUGAGAACAACAGGCGAAAUAUCUGGUUUGCUGAGUUCUGGGAGAACAACUUCCAGUGCAAGCUUAGUCGACAUGCUGUGAAGAAAGGCUCUGGGAUCAAAAAGUGCACAAAUCACGAGAGGAUUGGUAAAGAUUCGUCCUAUGAACAGGAGGGAAAGGUCCAGUUUGUGAUUGAUGCGGUUUACGCCAUGGCUCACGCUCUGCACAACAUGCACAAAGAUCUCUGCCCAGGGAAAGUUGGCCUCUGCUCCAAGAUGGAUACCAUCAAUGGCACGUUGCUGCUUAAAUAUAUUCGAAAUGUCAACUUCUCAGGAAUCGCUAGCACGCCGGUGGUCUUCAACGUGAACGGAGAUGCUCCUGGCCGCUAUGAAAUCUACCAAUACCAGAUCAAAUAUAACACCACAGAGUAUAAAAUCAUUGGCCACUGGAGCGACCAUCUGCACUUGGAUACAGAUGAGAUGCGGUGGCCAGGUGAAACGCAAGAAGUGCCCUCCUCCAUUUGCAGCCAACCCUGCCGUGCUGGCCAGCGCAAGAAAACUGUGAAAGGAAUUCCGUGUUGUUGGCACUGUGAGAAUUGUGACGGCUACCAGUACCAGGCAGACACUUACAUGUGCAAGAUGUGCCGCUUCGACCUUCGGCCCAACGACAACCACACCGGCUGCAUUCCCAUUCCCAUUGUCAAGCUGGAAUGGAGCUCGCCAUGGGCCGUCAUCCCCGUCCUUAUCGCAGUCCUGGGCAUCAUCGCAACCGUGUUCGUGGUUGUUACCUUUGUGCGCUACAACGACACGCCCAUUGUUAAGGCGUUAGGUCGAGAACUGAGCUACGUGCUUCUGACGGGCAUUUUCUUGUGCUAUGCCACAACAUUCCUCAUGAUCUCCGCCCCUGAUGUGUUCAUAUGUUCGCUGCGCAGGAUCUUCCUGGGCCUGGGUAUGAGUAUCAGCUAUGCAGCCCUGCUCACCAAGACUAAUCGUAUCUACAGAAUUUUUGAGCAAGGCAAGAUGUCAGUUAGCGCCCCUCGCUUCAUCUCCCCGGCCUCACAGUUAGUCAUCACAUUCAGCCUGAUUUCAGUGCAACUCCUCGGUGUGUGUAUCUGGUUUGGCGUCGACCCGUCACAAGCCAUCAUCGACUACGAAGACCAGCGUACAGCUAAUCCUGAUAUGGCCCGCGGAGUUUUAAAAUGCGACAUUUCGGACCUUUCACUCAUCUGUCUGUUGGGAUACAGCAUGCUGCUCAUGGUCACCUGCACAGUUUAUGCCAUCAAGACCAGAGGCGUUCCGGAGACGUUUAACGAGGCCAAACCUAUCGGCUUCACCAUGUACACCACUUGCAUAGUCUGGCUCGCCUUUAUCCCCAUCUUCUUUGGCACUUCACAAUCAGCAGAAAAGAUGUACAUCCAGACCACAACUUUGACCAUCUCUGUCAGCCUCAGUGCAUCCGUCUCUCUGGGAAUGCUUUACAUGCCCAAGGUCUACGUGGUUCUCUUUCACCCAGAGCAGAACGUACCAAAGCGCAAGCGCAGCCUGAAGGCUGUGGUCACCGCAGCCACCAUGUCCAACAAGUUCAACCCAAAAGGUGGUCUGAGGCCCAAUGGGGAGGCAAAGUCAGAACUCUGUGAAAGUCUGGAAACACAAGCGCUGGCCUCCAAGCAGACGUACAUCAGCUACAGUAACCAUGCCAUCUAAGAGGGAGCCGAGUGUGGGCCUGGGGAGAGAGCGAUCUGCUGAAGCACAGAGGAAAGCUGGGAUCGAAAGGAUGUCAUAUUUUUUCUACACAAAAAAAUUGCCACUUAUCAGAAAUGAGUCGAAUGCCAGCAAGUGAUGAGGGAUGAAAAGAUGGGACCAUUCAUUUUCCCCUUCCUUUAGAAACAUCGUACAUGUUUCCAGACGCAGGAUGAAUGCACCACCUGAAAUCAACAGUAUGUUUUCUUUCAGAAGUCAAUGGCACACGUUUCAGGCAUCUCCUGGGCUGAGCCAUUAGACUUAUUCAAAAAAGUGAGGUGGUGGGGGAUGGAGCUAUGCUUGUUUUUGCUGUUGAACUGCUGGUAAAUGGUAAUGGAGUUGCUACUCGUCAAACUGUACAUGCCUUUCAAGAGGUCGAGUAUUGCAACAUGAACUAACCAUAUCUGGCAACAAACAAACAAAAAAAAAAAUCACUCCGUGAUUCUGAUUUAUUUUUGUUUUCUAGCAGUGUUUCAUCAUUUUGUCAAAACUGCAUCAUUUUUUUGGACAAGCCUAGUGUACAGUCCCAGAGCAUGCUUGUGGGAGCAUCAUGUGUUCUGUGCUGUGUUGUCAAUGGAAUGCGAUGUGUCAUGAUUAUCAUUAACACUAGAGACCAUUAGCCAACCUCUGUUACCUAAACAGAAAAAAAGAGUUCAACAAUACAGAAGGUAUGAAACAUCCAGACUUUAAUGGCCCUUAUUUAUCAUCCACAAACUGAGGCCGUUGGAUGAAAAGCUCUGUUUGGAUGAGUAGAACUAGGAAGCAUAGUUACUUCCACGUAUUUGUUUUAAGUCACAAUUUAUUUAGUUGGCUUUUUUUUACAGAACAAAUUUGGUAUCGACCCCCCCCCCCCACCCCACCCCCCACAGGAUUUUGGAAACUGUUACUGGUGUUGACAAUAAUCGAGAUUUAGGCUAUUUAUAUUUUCCGCACUAUAAGGUGCUUCAGAGUACAAGGCGCUCCUUCUAUGAAUGGCCUUUUAUAAAACUGUUUUCAUACGUAGGGCGCAUCCCAUUUUAAGGUGCAUAGAAUAGAUGCUACAAUAGUAGCUGAUGUUGCUUAUGUAUCCA